UGGGGUGAUCCCUCGAAGCUGCGGGAUCAUCGACGAAUGCCAACAUGACAGGAAUGUCCAUAUAAUUGUUCCAAAAGUUGAAUCAUCAAUACACCGACACCAAGGGAAUGUCCAUAUAUUAUCUCUACUUCCUGCUGCUUAGUUGCCUUCAACAGCCCCUCGACUUUGAUCAGCAGACGCGAGAAUGGUCUGAGUUGGAGAUACACUUCGCCACUCGUUCCCUCUCCUUCCAACCCUGCUGAACUCCGUUUUGUAGCUCAGUUCCUGCUGGAGCGUCUCUUCGGAGCUCAAUUUGGGCGAACCGGAGCUGAGAGCUUUCACUUUACAUGAUUGAAAUUCUGCCGCUUACAAUUAUGGCAGAAUCAGGAUUUAAUUAUGAUGAUUUAGUUCAAGAAGCUAAAAAUAGGUGGCUGAAACCAGUUGAAGUGUUAUCCAUACUACAGAACCAUGAGAACCUCCAGAUCACCCAUGUGAAACCUGAAAAGCCUCCGAGUGGGUCUUUGUUCCUUUUCAACAAGAGAGUACUUAGAUAUUUCCGUAAUGAUGGUCAUCAGUGGCGCAGGAAGAAAGACGGGAGAUCCGGAGGAGAAGGCCAUGAAAGGCUCAAGGUAGGAGAUGUCGAAGCUCUAAAUUGUUAUUAUGCACAUGGAGAGCACAAUCCAAAAUUUCAAAGGCGCUGCUUUUGGAUGUUAGAUCCGGCAUACAUGCAUGUUGUUUUGGUUCACUACAGAGAUACAAAUCAGGGAAAACAGAACACUCAAAUCGUACCACAACAUUCUCUUGCAUCUUUUACAUUCAAUUCCAACCAACACUCUCUUCAGCUUGCAAGUCCUACAACUGCCAUGUGUAAAUCUUACGAACCAUCCUCUACCUCUGUAUCAAUGGAGAAUUGCUUCUUUGUUGACACUAAUAGCUACGGGAUAAAUCAGUCAAGUGACACAAUGGAAGAGGAUAGUAGCUCAUCGGUGCUUGAACUAAGUCACACAUUGAGAAGGUCUGAGGUGCAGUUAAGUCUGAAAGAUGACAGCUUGAAUAACAUUGAGCCCCUAUACAACCAGAUAGAAUACUCAGCUGGCAUCGGCAAUAUUCAAGAUGAUUAUAGCUUACUUGUACUUGAUGAGAUGACGAAUGAUUCAAACAUUGGUCUGUUGCAUAGACAUUCAGGGGACCUAACUGAUAAUCUGUGUACCGGGCAUGAAGUUAAUCGACAGAAAGACAUGAUUGAUGCUUUUGGAAGUUCUGUGGAUGCCGAAUGUGUCCGUAUGGACGAGAUGAUCACUCCGCUUUUAAGAGAUCCACUUGAAUUGCCCAAAAGCAUUACAUGGCAAGCUUUUCGAGGAGAAGAGGACCAGAACUGUUCCAUAGGAAUUCCGCAACAAGUUGAAGAUUUCAGAUAUCCUACAUAUUCACCAGCAAUAAAUAUUCAUGUAACUAAACCCGAAAAUUUUGGGACAUCGUUACACCAAAAUCAGCAUGGAGCUUAUUUUUUAGAUAACACAUGCUUAAAUGCUUCUCAAAGGCAGAAAUUUAGAAUUACUGCUGUAUCUCCUGACUGGGGAUACACCGAUGAGACUACAAAGGUUAUCGUUACGGGAUCUUUUUCUUGUGAUCCAUCAGUGUGUGAAUGCAUGUGUAUGUUUGGGGACACUGAAGUUCCUGUCCAGAUCAUUCAAGAUGGCGUCUUCUGUUGCCUUGCUCCCCCACACCUGCCCGGCAAAGUAGCUGUAUGCAUAACCAUGGGUGACCGAGAAUCACACAGUGAGGUCAAGGAUUUCGAGUACAGAGUCAAGCACACUGAUAGUGCCACUGAAAACUCUGUACCUGAAACACAGUCCACUAGCAAGAGCACUGAAGAAUUAUUGUUGCUUGUCAGAUUUGCAAAGAUGCUUCUGUGUAGUAAGUCAAAAAGGUGCAAUGUAGGUAUUCCCGAAUCACGAAAUGACAGUUUGGAAAAAGCCAAAGCAAGUGAAGAUUUAUGGACUGAAGUGAUAGAGCGCAUUUUAGUGGGAAAUUUGACAUCAAACCUCACAAUUGAUUGGCUUCUCGAGGAACUAUUGAAAGACAGCUUGCAUCAGUGGCUUUAUUCCAAAUUGCAAGGAAAAGCUAAACUAUUGGAUUCCGAUUGUGUCUUGUCCAGGAGUGAACAAGGGAUAAUACACAUGGUUGCUGGGUUGGGAUUUGAGUGGGCAUUACGCCCUCUUUUAGAUGCCGGAGUAGCAGUUGAUUUCCGUGGCAUAAAUGGUUCGACUGCUCUGCAUUGGGCUGCACGUUUUGGGAGAGAAAAACUGGUUGCUGCUCUCAUAGCAUCUGGUGCUUCAGCUGGAGCAGUGACUGAUCCCACAAAAAUCAAUCCUAUUGGUCAGACUCCAGCAUCAAUUGCUGCUUCAUACGGGCACAAGGGGCUCGCAGGUUAUCUUUCAGAAGUGUCACUCACUAGUCAUCUCUCAUCCCUUACAUUGGAAGAAAGCGAACUAUCAAAAGAAGAUGCCGAGGUAGUAGUGGAAGCAGAAAGAGUGUUUGGUUUUAAAUAUGAAACUGAUGGCACGAUAAAUGAUGAUCAGAUUGAUCUUAAGGAUACACUAGCUGCAGCUAGGAAUGCUACUCUAGCUGCUGUACGUAUACAAGCUGCCUUUCGUGCACGUUCUUUCAAAAAGAGACAACAGAGAGAAGCUGCGGCUGCCGCUGCUGGUGGCAGCGGUGGAGGUGGAGGUGGAGGUGGAGAUGAAUUAGUUAACCUCUCCAACCACAUUCGUGGUCUUUCAGCUUCAUCAACCCAGCUAAAGUUUCGUACCCCUCGCAAUUACACCUCUGCAGCUUUAACUAUUCAGAAAAAAUACCGAGGGUGGAAAGCCCGGAAGGACUUCCUUGCAUUCCGUCAGAAAGUAGUAAAGAUACAGGCCCAUGUACGAGGCUAUCAGGCUAGAAAGGAAGUCAAGGUAUGUUGGGCAACUGGGGUUCUAGAGAAGAUAGUACUCAGGUGGUUCCGGCAUGAAGAUGGCCUUCGUGGAUUCCACCUAGAGAUGAGCGAAAGUGACGGUGAAAAAAUUCUCAAGGUGUUCCGCAGGCAGAAAGUGGAUGCGGCAAUCGAUGAGGCAGUAGCUAGAGUUAUCUCCAUGGUUGAAUGUCCAGAGGCACGGCAACAGUAUUGUCGCACUCUUGAAAAGUAUCGGCAAGCUAAGGCUGAGCUUCAGAUUUAGGGGACUGAGGCAAAAGAAUUGAGAUAUGUAUAUGGAAAGCCAUGGCAUGUGCCUGCUAUUAAUGUAAAAUAGGUUCAAUUGUUCAAAUGCGAGAGGGCACCUGCUGUUUAUAACUCAUGCAAAAUAGUGGUAAUCUCACAUUUGGGAGACCGUAAACUGCAUUUUAAAAUAUGUAAUUGUUCCAAUAAAUGUGUAUUUGUAAGAAAACAUAAUCAUCCGGGUAUGUAUAUUGUAUAUGUAAGUUUGAGGUUCUUAUCUCAAAUCGAAACAAAAAUAGAACCAAAAAUGGAUAAGUUUGAGGUUCUUAUCUCAAAUCAAAACAAAAACGGAUAAGUUUGAGAUACUUAUCUGAAUUCUCA